GCAAUCAACAGCAAAGAUGAACUCAAUCGCAACCCUCUUGAUCUUGUCCAUCGCGGCUUUGGCCUCCGCUUCGAAGGACUGCGUCUGCACCUUCGAGUACCGUCCGGUCUGCGGCUCCAACGGACAAACCUACGGUAACCAGUGCGUCUUCAACUGCGCCGCAAGGAGCGACCAAAGUCUUCGCGUUGUCAACCGCGGUGAAUGCGCAGAGACACCGAAAUGCGCUUGCCUUUCCAUCUGGAAUCCGGUCUGCGGAAACGACGGUAACACCUACUCCAACCCGUGCCAACUCUUCUGUUUGGCCCAGACGGACUCCACCUUGAGGAUGGCCUCAAGGGGUGUAUGUCCAUGCAGCUGCACCAGGGAAUAUCAACCGGUUUGCGGAUCGAACGGAAUCACCUACGACAACAUCUGCAUGCUCAACUGCGCGGCGUGGACCAGCGAUGUGAGAAUGGUGAAGAGCGGAGAUUGUUGAGGAUAGAAAACCAAUUUUACAAUUUACAAUAAUAACGAUAAUGCACUUAAAUAAAAUAUGACCAUCUAUAUGAAAA